GUUUUAUAUUUUGUUAUUUUAGAUCAACAUCUUCUCACACUGAGAAACCUGUUGGGUUCUCUCACUGUCCCUGCAUCAUCAGAAGAAACACCCACUGUAACAACAUGGACCCAAAGACAGUUGAAACGUGAACAAAAAUUCAGAGCUGCAAUGCCAGAGCUCCUUAAUUUGAAAUUGGCUGCAGAGAUUGUCACUAAACGUUCCUGUCUCCAAUGCAAAACUGCUGAUGCUGUGGUCCGGUGCUUGGACUGUGUUCCACCAGGAACUCCCUUUCUUUGUCCGGCAUGUGACCCAAUUAUCCAUGGCAAAAAUGUCUUCCAUGACAGGGAAGCCAUGAUUGAUGGGUUUUACAGACCUAUUCCUCCCACAUCCUUAGUGGUUGUGGAUGAAAGUGGCCAAUAUGGACUCUGUGAACAAGUGUGUCUGCUUCCAAUUCCUCCACCAUCCCAAAUCUGCUUCUGUGGUCCAAGCCAAGAUUUCACCAUCAUCCCAGGAAAGCAGACCGUGUUGGUGACUAUCAAUGGUCCAUACAACGUUUGCCUGCCUUCUGUGUGCUGUCCAACUUGUUCCACCAAAUGGUCCCCGAGCAUAGGUGACUUGCUUGGAUACAAAUACUGGCCAGCAACCGACAGCUGCAAAAUUAUUUUUAAGUUUGAUGUGUUCACAUCAUUCGAGCAAAUGAAAUUGGCCAGCCCAGCAUUAUCCCAGCAAGUAUUUAUAAAAAUGCUUGAACAUCGAUCGUUUUCCACAGGAAGGACAGGCAGAAUCUGUAGCGAUACCUCCACAGAGUCUUUCGGGAGUUUGCCUUCUGUAAUUACAGACAAGAAGAUCUGUGCCUGGUGGAGCCCUUUAAAUGCCCAGCAUGCACACCUGACAUGCUGGCUAUUGCUGUAGAUGGCAAUAGAAAGCAUUAUCGCUUCAAGAAGUCCAGAGGGACAGAUGAACCGUCUCUAUUUGAUGGACUGUUCAUUGCCCAGGACAGUAAAGUGUCUGCCUUUGUCGACAAAAUCAGGAGCCAGAUGACGAUUAAAAGUGGUCGUGAUGUUUGUGGACCGGCAACAUUCACAGCUUGCAGAGAAACCUCACACAAGUCCAGGGCCAAGGUGGACGAGGAAGGCCUGCAAAUAGCUGUGUGCAGACAUGGCAUCUUGCUACAAGGCCUAAAUCACUACCGUGGUGAAAUAUAUGCCUACCCAAUGUUCCUGCAGAAGGAGCUGGCUGAAGUUGCGAAUGCAACAUUCUUUUGUAUGGAUGUUGCCUGCAGGUACUGGCCUUAUUUGGAGCUCCAACCACUUACAGAGAUGAAACCUUUUCUCUCUGUAAUGCACGCCAAGGCCCACACAGGCAAAUGCGAGGUGAAGUGGGGUGGCAGAAGCCAGGAAGGUGCUGGAAAUACUGUUGGCGAGGAAGUGGAACAGGUUAACAGCUUCCUCUCAAGGGCAGCUCUGACAACAAAAUACAUGACCAAAUCAGCUAGAGCAGAUAUGAUAACCGUGCUGGCUAUGCUAUGGAACCACAGGAAGGUGGAGAAUCUCCACAAGACACUCUCAAAGAGAUUUGUCAAAACUACACAGAGAGCACAAACUGAAGUGGACAAUCUUGAGAGUCUCAAGCAAGAGCUGAACAUCUCCCUGGAGGACACGGAGCAGUGGGUGUUGGAGGUCAAGCAAUGGGCAGCCACUGAGAAACAUGGAGGCCAGAGCAGCCAGGAGGAGCUCCAGAGAGAAAUAGAUGACAUUAUUUAUUCCCUCCGAAGAAAGAAACACGACCUCUAUCGACAAAAUGACAGCAACCAAACAAGGCAACGCAAACGGAGAAGACUGACAGAGCUCAAGAAUAAACUCAGAGAGAGGAUACUGCAGUACAACACCAUUGAUACCUGUACAGAGACAAUUGACACAGAAGCAGCAUGCAGUCUGUCUGAGGAUGUCAUUCUGCCCUGGGAGGGCAAGGAGAUGUGGUGA